UUCGGCUCUUCCGGUUUGAGAGUUGACAUGUAAACUUUCUUAAGUUGUACGUAGGAACUAUGACGUAGGAACUAUGGCAAUACUAUGUUUAAAUUGCUUUUUGUGUUCUCGAUAGUGUGCGUCUGGCACACAACCUAGCAAUACAGAUUUCUUAAAAAAUUUAUGGAGCCCAUAUGAUGAAAAAUUUGGCUAUUUUUCCGAAAAGGAACGAAUUGAAACUCUCAAUGGAAUCAGGGACAUGUUUUAUUUUGGUUAUGACAAUUACAUGAAACAUGCUUAUCCUAUGGAUGAACUUGACCCAAUUCACUGCACUGGUAGAGGACCUGACUAUGAUAAUCCAUCAAAUAUCAACAUCAAUGAUGUCCUAGGAGAAUACAGUCUUACAUUGAUAGACACACUUGACACCCUUGCGGUUCUUGGGAAUGAGACAGAGUUCAUCAAGGGUGUCCAGCUUGUGAUAGAUAACCUGACAUUCCAUAACACCACCGUGCAAGUGUUCGAGGCAACUAUCAGAGUGUUAGGUGGCUUGUUGUCUGCCCACCUGUUGAUUGUGGACCCGUCCAAGCCGUUCGGGGACAUAACUCUGCCUGAUUAUGAUGGAGAACUGCUUAGCCUUGCCAAUGAUCUUGCUUCCAGACUUCUUCCAGCCUUUGAGAACACUGCUACUGGAAUACCAUUCCCAAGGGUGAACUUACAAAAUGGUGUACCAGCUGAUUGUAUCAACGAGACCUGCACUGCUGGGGCCGGAACCCUUGUGCUGGAAUUUGGAAUCCUGUCUCGCCUAUUGGGGGAUCCCAUUUAUGAGUCUGUGGCACGAAAAGCGGUCCAAAGAAUCUGGGACUUUCGUUCUAAUGUGACUGGCCUUAUAGGCAAUGUCAUCAAUAUACAGAGUGGAGACUGGGUGGGCAAGAUGAGUGGCCUGGGGGCAGGAUUGGACUCAUUCUUUGAAUACAUGCUCAAGAGUUUUAUUUUAUUUGGGGAACCAGAUGACCUCAAGUUAUUCAAUGAUUCAUAUGAAUCCAUAAAAUUCCAUAUGAGACGUGGACGUUUAAAAUGCAACAAAGGCAUAGGUAAUAUGCCAAUCUAUGUGAACGUUCACAUGUCCUCAGGGGAGAUUGCCAACUACUGGAUAGACGCCUUACAAGCUGCCUGGCCGGGGGUGCAGGUUUUACAUGGUGAUAUAGAGGAGGCAAUAUGCAGUCACGCCGUGUUCUACUCAAUAUGGCGGAAGUACGGCGCACUGCCAGAGCGUUUCAACUGGUACCUCAAAGCACCGGAUGUUUUGUUCUAUCCCCUAAGGCCAGAGUUGGUGGAAUCAACAUAUUUCCUGUAUCAGGCCACAAAGAAUCCAUUUUACCUACACGUCGGCAGGGACAUUUAUAACAGCAUUAACUUACAUGCAAAAGCAGAAUGCGGCUAUGGCACAAUACAUGAUGUGAAUACCAAAGAGCUAGAGGAUAGGAUGGAGAGCUUCUUUCUCAGUGAAACAUGCAAAUAUUUAUACCUGUUAUUUGAUAAAGACAAUCACAUCAACAAACAUGCUGCAAAGUAUCUCUUCAACACGGAAGGUCAUUUGUUCCCGAUUUCUCGUGACUUUCGGCAAAAAGUUUGGGAAGCAGAUAUGCCAACCGCUGAUCCCAAGAAAGACAACAUACUAGCACCCACUGUGGUAGAUGCAAGGACCAAUGUUUCCAUCACUAACUGUGACAGCAUACCUAUCAUCCGUCGCUACUCACUUCCACUUGACAGCCAGUAUCUGGAGCAGCUCGACCAGGCCAUUGGAGUGGACCUGAACCUGUGAACUGUAGGAUACUCAGAUGCCCCUGGCCAUUUGGGUGGACCUGAACCUGUGAACUGUACAAUACCCAGCUGGAUCUGGCCAUUGGGGUGGACCUGAACUUGUGAACUGUCGCAUACCCAACAUUUGUGGAGCCUUUUUCCGGGAAAACUGGUCAUAUUGCAUGUGCGUAAAGUGUCAUCCCGAUUUGCUUGUGCAGUCUGCACAGGCUUAUCAAUGACAACACUUUCCGCCUCAAACUGGAUUUUUGUUUAGAAGAGAAUUUCUAUAAAUGUUAAAUACAAUAAAAGCAGAAAGUUUCAUCACUGAUUAGCCUCUGCAAACUGCAAAUGUUAAUAUUGGACGACAAUUAAUACACAUACAUUUUACCCAGUUUUUCCUGAACAAAGCUCAACCCAGUAUUCUUUUAAUGAAAUUAAAAAUUUAUCUUGCUGUUGACAAGUUAAGUGCAUUGAAAGGGAAACAGAAUUAAAGUUGAAACAGCUCCAUAUUUAUGAAAUUGUUUGAAAAUCUGGUCCAUAUUAAUAAACCAAUUCUUAAGAUUAAUUUAAAAAAUAUAUUCUUAAAGCUUCAUUAUUUUAGAAUGACUUCAAAAGUAAAGUCUAGCAUGGCACUUAACACCUAUUAUUUCAACAUUCUUUAUUUAGAACAGUAUAUUCAUAAGCACCAAUAGCAAAUUCUUAAGUAAUUUUCCUUAGAUCUAAGUUUAUUUUUCAUUCCUAAAUCUAAGAAUAUUGGUUUGAUGAAUACGACCCUGAUUUGUUAUGAGUCUUUACAAAGAAACAUGGCGCACAAAUAGGAUAGUGUAAAUAAAACGUCUAAUGACACACAACAUGUUGAUAUUUAAGCAUUUUUAUUUGAUUGAGAGCCUAAUGAUGUUUCAAAAUUUUACUGUGAUACAAAUGGAUGUCAUUAAUUAAGUGACAUUUGCCUUACAUUAAAGAUCACAAUCUGAUGUUGCUAGUUGUUCAUUUUAAUAGUUUCAACAUAGUAAAUUUAUGAUGUGACAAUUGAACACUAUUGCCAUUAAAGAGUCUUUGCAAAACAACAUUGUGCAUUAAGAACAUAGUGUAAAUAAAGCGUCUUAUGACACAAACCAUUUUGAUAUUAAAUCAUGUAUAUGUCAUUGUUUCAAGUAUGCAAUGAUUUUCAAACGUUUACUGUGAUACAAAUGCAUGUCAUAAAGCAACAUUGCCUUAAGUUCAAGAUCAACAUCUGAUGUUGCUAUUUGUUCAUUUUAAUAUUUGUUACUAAUUAAAUGUAUGAUUUGUCACUAUAGAAAAUCAUUUGCCAUUUCUUACAACAUUGAUGGCUCUUGCCUGAUAAAUGCAAUAUUUCAUGCAAAACGGAAUUGUAUUGUUGGUUGCGAACCUGUAAGUCAAUUUCUAUAAAUGAGGUUAUAUUUAUGUGCCUUACAUUAACAUAUGAGGUUACAUGGUUGUGUUGCAAGUUUUAUGACUGUAGUAGCAUCGGUCUUAGAAAACUGGGCUAAAUGCAUGAGCAUUAAGUGGCGUCCAAACUGAGUCUGUGCAGUCCACACAGGCUAAUCAGGAAGGACACUUUAUGCUUUGACUGGAUUUUUUGUUUAAAAGAGACUUCCUUUUAAUGAUAAAUGCCAUUGUGGACACUUUACACACAUACAUUAAACCUUUUUUUCCGCAAAACGUUUCUCAUUAAAAACAUGAAUACUCUUGCCUUAUCAGUGGAAGGCUGUUUUUUGUCCCCUACCGGUUUCAACUGAGGGGACUUAUGGUUUGCGCUCUGUGAGUCUGUCUGUCUGUCUGUCUGUCUGUCUGUCUGUCUGUCUGUCUGUCUGUCUGUCUGUCUGUCUGUCUGUCUGUCUGUCUGUCUGUCAUACUUUUCUGGAUCCUGCGAUAACUAUAAAAGUUCUUAAUAUUUUUUCAUGAAACAUGCAACAUGGAUAGAUGGCAAUAUGGACAUUAUGCACGUCAUUUCAUUUUGUUCCAACAUCAAAAAUUGUGGUUGCUAUGGCAACCAAAAAAAAUAUAUUCUGAAAAUGGUGGAAUUUCUGACAAUGGUGGAGCCGGUAGGGGACCAUAUUGCUCGACAAUAGCCGUUUUUUAAAGAGGUAUUUGGGGUCAUACUCAGUAAUCUGUUAUCUUUUUAAUGCACUUGUUAUUAAGUGUCCGCUCUCUAAUUCAAGUUUUUUCCAUCCGAUCUCCACCAAACUUGGUCUGAUGUCGUAACUAGAUAAUGUCUAGGUGAAGUUGGAAUAUGGGUCAUGCCGGGUCAAAAACUAGGUUAUGGGGUCACUUAGUGCGAUUUAAACAUUGAGCAUGGUGUCUGCUCUCUAAUUCAAGUAUUUUUCAUCAGAGCUUCACCAAACUUGGUCAGAAGUUGUACCUAGUUGAUGUCUAGGCCAAGUUUGAAUAUCGGUCAUGCCGGGUCAAAAACUAGUUCAUGGGGUCACUUAGUGUUUUUUAAACAUUGAGCAUGGUGUCCACUGUUUUUUGUGAAGACAACAUGCAAAAUAUUCUGUUUCAAUGC